GAACAGGAGGUAUGGCGUGAGAGCGCUGCGCGUGGCGUCGCUAGCAUGAAGAAGAUCGCCGGCAAGAGCGAGAAAAAUGCGAGCCGGAGUGAGGUAAAUCUAGUGAAGGAGAAGAAGAUCAAGAAGAAGGUCUUGGAGGGAGGGAAAUUGUUAGCGGAGAAGAAGAAGAUUUCGAGUGAGAAGAAGAAGAGGAGCUUAGAUCUGGUUCCAGUGCCGGAGCGAACUAGCGAGAAUGAGGAUGGAGAUCGUCUGAAGAAGAAGAAGAAGAUUAGCGAGAAGAAGCUAGGAAAGAAGAAGGAAAUUGUUGAGGAGGAUGACAGCGAUCUAGAAAUCACGCUCAAGAAGAAGAAGAAGAAGCUUGUCGAGGAAAUCGAGGAUGGAGAAAACGAGCAGAAGGUGGAAAAGACGUUGAAGAAGAAGAAGAAGUUUGUCGAGGAAACUGAGGAUGGACAAAACGAGCAGAAGGUAGUAAAAACGCUGAAGAAGAAGAAGAAGACGCUUGUCGAGGAAACUGAAGAUGGAGAAAACGAGCAUGAGGAAAAGACGCUGAAGAAGAAGAAGGUUGUCGAGGAAAUUGAGGAUGGACAACACGAGGAGAAGGUAGAAAAAGCACUGAAUAAGCAGAAGAAAAAGCUCGUUGAGGAUGGAAACCAGCAGAAGCUAGAAAAGAAGCUGAAGAAAAAGAAAAAGGAGGUGGAACCCGUAGUCCCUGCGUCCUCCGGUGGUGCAGGUUCUGGGGAUGGCGAAGCUGGAAAAACACUUCAAGGAAUGGAGAAAUGGAUAGCAGAAUAUAAUGCACGUAGGCCAGGUAUUCAUGUGCUACAGGAGCAGCUCGACUCGUUCAUAGCUGACUACGAGGAACGCGAAGAGCAAGCACGUAAAGAACGACAAGUUGCUGCCAGUGGCGACGGCUGGACAGUCGUGACUCGCCAGAAAGGGAAAAGGAGGAGCGCAGACGCUACCUCUGGGAUUGCUGUCGGUGCUGUUCAUGCCGCUGUCGCGGCUAAUGCCGAGAAGAAGACGCAGGGGCUGGAUGAUUUCUACAAAUUCCAAAAGAGAGACUCGCACCGAAACGAGGUGGCCCAACUUCAGCUCAAGUUCCAAGAAGAUAAGAAGAAAAUAGCGCAAAUGCGAGCUGCACGUAAGUUCAGGCCCUACUGAUCAGACGUUUUGGUUUGUUUUUAUCCCAGAUGAAUUGCGCAAUAGAAGAAUGGAUGGAUAUAUAUACAAUUCCUGGGCGUCUGCUCGAGAGCAGGCUUCAUUUGGCAGUUUCUCAAGCAAGCCACAUUAUUAUUACUCAA